ACUCACAGACACAGUCUCAGCAAAAGCUGUAGCGGAACAUAGAAGAAAAUGCAGAGAAUUUCUUCAACGAGGCUUCUUUUCGGAAUCGAGUUCCGCCUUCUUCUCUCUUCGAACCCCUAUUAUUGCCUCACUCAAAUAGAAAAAUUCAUUACCAGACCUGCACUUCAACCAUUCUAUGAAUCACCGAAGCCUCACCCCGUUCACUCCUCUUCCCCUCAAAUCACGACAGAAUCCAACCCAUGUCAGAUUGUUCAAACCUCGCGUGCAUUAUCCACCGCCAACGAUGAUGAUUUACAGAGAUCGAUCAACUUAAGGAAUUCAAGCAUCCCCGCCGAUAAAAAGCGAGAGUUUGGAUUCGUUUGUCUUGAAAACAAGCCUGUUUUUCGAACAGAUCCGUCUAAUUCCGCCGAUGAAUAUACUGGUGAUGUCGAAAAGAUUUACAGAAUUCUGCGUAAGUUUCAUUCUAGGGUUCCCAAAUUGGAACUUGCGCUUCAAGAAUCAGGUGUUACUGUAAGGUCGGGUUUGGUUGAACGCGUGUUGAAUCGGUGCGGGGAUGCCGGGAACCUAGGGUAUAGGUUCUUCGCCUGGGCGUCGAAACAACCUGGGUACAGGCAUAGCUACGAAGUGUAUAAGUCCAUGAUCAGGAUUUUGGGGAAGAUGAGGCAGUUCGGUGCCGUUUGGGCUCUAAUCGAAGAGAUGAGGAAAGAGAAUCCUCACCUCAUCACGCCCGAUGUCUUCGUUGUCUUGAUGAGGAGAUUUGCCUCCGCUAGGAUGGUUCAGAAGGCAAUUGAAGUCUUAGAUGAGAUGCCCAAGUACGGGUGUGAGCCCGAUGAGCACGCCUUCGGUUGUUUGCUCGACGCCCUGUGCAAGAAUGGCAGUGUUAAGCAAGCUGCUUCGCUGUUCGAGGACAUGAGAAUCCGGUUCACGCCGAAUCUCAAGCAUUUUACCUCCCUAUUGUAUGGUUGGUGCAGAGAAGGGAAACUCAUGGAGGCUAAAUACGUUUUGGUUCAGAUGAGGGAAGCAGGUUUCGAGCCGGACAUUGUGGUCUACAAUAAUCUUCUCAGUGGGUAUGCAAUGGCUGGGAAAAUGGGAGAUGCAUUUGACCUCGUGCAGGAGAUGAGGAGGAAGGGAUGUGACCCAAAUGCAACUUCGUACACAAUUUUGAUCCAAGCCCUCUGUUCCAGAGAAAAAAUGGAGGAAGCUAUGCGGGUCUUUGUAGAAAUGCGAAGAAGUGGAUGCGUUGCAGACGUGGUGACCUAUACCACUCUAAUAAGCGGAUUCUGCAAGCGAGGAAAGAUUGAUAGGGGUUAUGAGCUCCUGGAUACUAUGAUCCAGCAAGGCUGCAAUCCAAACCAGAUGACUUAUUUCCACAUUCUGGUGGCUCAUGAGAAGAAGGAAGAGCUAGAAGAAUGUUUGGAACUUGUGGAGGAGAUGAAGAAGGUGGGUUGCACUCCUGAUCUCAGCAUUUACAACACCGUGAUCCGCAUGGCCUGUAAAUUGGGUGAAGUGAAGGAAGGUGUGAAAGCUUGGAAUGAAAUGGAAGCCAAUGGGAUAAGCCCGGGGCUUGACACCUUCACCAUCCUGAUCCAUGGGUUUCUUGAGCAAGGUUGUCUACUCGAAGCUUGUUCUUACUUCAAGGAGAUGGUGGGGAGAGGUCUUCUAUCUGCUCCACAGUACGGAACCCUUAAGGAGCUCCUGAAUUCACUGUUGAGAGCGGACAAGCUAGAAAUGGCGAAAGAUGUUUGGAGUUGCAUUGUGACCAAAGGCUGUGAUCUCAAUGUUUACGCAUGGACCAUUUGGAUUCAUGCAUUGUUCUCAAAUGGGCACGUCAAGGAAGCAUGUUCCUACUGUUUGGACAUGAUGGAUGCAGGGGUCAUGCCUCAGCCGGAUACCUUUGCAAAGCUCAUGCGAGGCCUUAAGAAACUUUACAAUAGACAGAUAGCGGCAGAGAUCACAGAGAAGGUGAGGAAGAUGGCUGCUGAUAGACAGAUUACCUUCAAGAUGUAUAAAAGACGAGGUGAGAGGGACUUGAAGGAAAAAGUCAAGGAGAAGAAAGAUGGGAGGAAGAGGAGGGCUCGUCGACGUCGUUGGGUUCAUGGGGGACAAGGUGGAGCUAACACUGCAAUUGGAAUGAGGUGAUUGAAUCGCUUGCUUGUUGCUCUAUGCAGAAGGUGCAAGGCUUGAGCAGAGCAGUCUGAUUCCAGUUGGUUUUAUCUAUUCAACUAUUUUUAACUCCCUCUACCAAUAACACGAUCCUGA